GGGAAACGCGGGCCCACACCGCUUUUACCCUCAUAAAACCCCCCCUACUUUUCAUUUAUCAUGUCCUCACAACCGGAGACAUUGCCCCUUCUCGAGAAUCACCGUCCCCGAGCCUCCAACUUCAGGUCUCGCCUCUUGGCCCGUAUCAAGGCUGAAGGCGAGCCAUCAUGGACCCAAUCCAUAAAUUUUUAUCUUUUUAGUGGUUGGAUGAACAUCCUACUAGUGUUCGUCCCCUUGGGCGCCAUCUGUCACUACUUGGACUGGGAUGCUGGGCUACGGUUUGGUUUCUCAUUCAUCGCCAUAAUGCCUCUAGCCAAACUUUUGGGUGAUGCUACAGAACAACUCUCAAUCAAACUGGGUCCCACUUUGGGGGGUUUGCUGAACGCAAGUUUUGGGAAUGCCGUUGAAAUCAUUGUAGGGAUUACCGCUCUGCUGCAAGAUGAGCUCAGGAUCGUCCAGACCUCGAUGUUAGGCAGCAUUCUCAGUAAUUUGCUCCUUGUCUUGGGGAUGUCUUUCCUCGCGGCGGGCCUCAAGCAAGACCAGAGUUAUUUCCGGAAGACUGCAGCACAAACGUCGGCUUCAUUGAUGUCCCUCGCAUGCAUCACUCUGAUCAUUCCGGCUGCCUAUCAUGCGGUUAAAAGUGCUGAAGGAUUAGAAUCAAUCGACUUCAUCCUCAAAGAUGGAUCUCCUAGACCGGGCGAUCCAGGUUACUCGGGUCUGCUGGUGAUCUCCCGCGGAACGUCCUUGCUGCUUUUGGGCGUCUACGUUGCGUACUUGAUCUUCCAGUUAAAGACUCAUGCUAGCCUGUUCCUGCCCGAGCCCGAGAGCGAGAGGGGGCAGCCUGAGGUGGAAGAGGAACACGAAGUUGCACAAAUGAAUAUGGUGUCUGCCGGCGUUUCACUUCUUGUCGUCACGAUCGUUACCUCUUUCUGCGCUGAUUGGCUUGUUGCUUCUAUUGAAGAGACUGCUAACAAAUACUCGAUCCCCAAACCUUUCAUUGGUCUUAUCCUUAUCCCGUUAGUGGCAAAUGCGGCGGAGCAUGUCACAAGUGUCUGGAUGGCCAUGAAGGGGAAAAUGGAGCUGACGAUAGGUAUUAGCGUUGGCAGCUCAAUCCAAAUCGCUACUUUUGUCGUCCCUCUACUCGUCAUAAUUGGAUGGAUAAUCCACCGCGACUUGACGCUUUUCUUCGCACAUUUCGAAACUGUAUCGCUCUUUGUCAGCGUCUUCCUGGUCAACCUUCUUAUUCAGGAUGGGAAGUCGAAUUAUAUGGAGGGUUUAAUGCUGGUCACCCUCUACAUUGUUAUUGCACUCGCAUUUUCCGUUCUUUAAUGUCUUGGUUGACAUCCCGCGUCGCAUUGCACGCCACGACACCACGGACAUCUUCUACCACUGACAUCGGACUUUAAUUGGACACUUAAAAAACUCGUAUAUUCUCAUCUAACGCUUUACUAAUACAUGUUACUUUUGGCACCGAAUAGUUUGGGUUUCUUAAAAGUAAAAUAAAAUGCCCCUUGCUUCACUGAAAGGGGGCUUCUGGUUCUUUGUGCCGCUCUACUACUGGUUUCCUUGGAGUCUGGCUGAUUUUCUGAACGGAGUCACAUUUGGAGGUAUUUGUG